AUGGCCGGAGACCCAUCAUACAUAGACUAUGAAGCCUUCCUAGACCCGGACUUCUCCCCGUCGUCAUUCGCCAAUACGUUGGUGACAAGUACAAACAAUGCAACAGACACCCCAUUGGAUCUCUCCACGCCUCUAUCACGGGUGCUCUUCGAUCUGCAGGAGAUCGAUACACAUAUCCAUUCACUGACGACCAAGUCGGCACUUCCAUUGCUCUCACAUACCAAAGAUCAAACAGCGGCUGCGGAUCACAUUCUCCAAGAAUCCGGAACGCAGAUUGCAUCGGUGACCCAAGGGUACGAACGUCUCCAAAAGGAGGUGUUGCAAAAAUGGGAAGCGGCCGAUGCAGCUCGGAUCGCGGCCGAGAACUCGCUGGAGACCGUGCGGCUAACCAGAGCGGUCACUCGCUGCCUCACCCUGGGCAAGCAAUUGGAAAGCCAAGUCGCUGAGAUCACCGGCCGGGGCGCAACAGGGUCCGCCAUCGCGGGGGCGGAGGGAGCAGGUCUGCCAUCCAUCACCAAAGACAGCUUCCGCGCCUUGGAGCGCGCAGCCUACACGAUCCUGAGUCUGCGAGAGAUGUUCGCUGCCUCCGCGCCGGGCGAGGAAGGCCAUGGCUUGGAUCGGGUGAAAGUCGUUCGCACUCUACGGGGGGAAUUUGUGAUCCCCGUCGAGAACAUGGUCAAAGCGCGAGCGCAGCAAACCAUCAAUCGCUUCUCUUUGUCCAAUUCCGGCAACUCGAAUGGCUCGAUGCCUUCUGGCUACAAGCAGGCUCGUGAUGCCCGCGCACGACUGGCAACCGCUGCCACCACCUUAUAUCUCCUUUCGCCUGAACCCAAAUCACCGACUACUCCCGCCGACUACAAGCCCGAGCUUCUCUUAUCCACGCUGCAAGGAUACAUGCACACUGCCAUCAUGACCUCUGUCAAUUCCCUCGCCCGCGCCCUUUCCCAGCUGCCCACCAUGGACCGCACCCUCGCCGAGAUCUCCGCCAAAUGCCAAGACAUCGUCGCUCUGGAAACUAUCCUCCGAAAUCUCCGCCCUCCCCCACAUCUACUAGUGAGCUCUGCCGACAUAUCCUCCGAGGCCACUGAACCCGUGGAUACCGAAAUCAACCUGCUCCAACCCCUUCUCCAAGCCCUGGACACCUCAUCCCUCCCAUCUUACUACUGGCGGUCCCUCGCCUCCUCUCUCACCUCUCGCGUGCAGGAAAUCGUCAGCCGCGGCGGCGUAUCUGCACGCACACUCCGCACUCAUCGCGACCGCCUCCGGACGGAGAUCAAGGAGUGCGUGCUUCGCGCAUCAAAGGUUUCGGCCAGUCAUAUAGCCGAGAAAGGGCGAUCAGGAACCGAUACGGUGGUGGUGGGUAAUUGGGAACGGGAGGCGGCUGUGAUGGUGAGUUCGGUUGUCGGGCCCCUCGGGCGGUAG